AUUAGCAGACAUACUGUCUAAUAGGGCGAAGCGUUUUGACGAGUUCUUCAGAAAACUCCUGCAGCUCUCGCGAGAUGAGUUCCACGCCAUGUUCAAACGCACGUACGGCAUGAUCUACGAACAGCACACUUACGUCUUCGAGCAGUUCUUCGAACAGUUAGAAAGAUACUACACCCGCGGUGAUAACAACUUCGACGAAAUGAUGGACGGCUUCUUCGGUAUCCUCUACCAGAAAAUGUUCACCGUGCUCAACUCGCAGUACAGCUUCGACGAGAAGUAUUUGAAAUGCGUGAACGAGCACAUGAGAGACAUACAACCGUUCGAGGACGUACCGUCGAAGCUCUCUGUUCAACUCCGACGAGCCUUCGUCGCCACGCGAACCUUCCACAAAGCGCUGCGAGCUGGCGCCGAUGUCGUCAGGAAUAUGAUUCAGGUGGGAGUAACCCAAGAAUGCGUGAAAGCGUGGGCGAGACUCAGGUACUGCGGCACUUGCUCCGGGCAGCAACAGCCCGCGUGCAGUCGGUACUGCCACAACGUUAUAAAGGGCUGCCUACCGAUCCACGCUGACUUGGGCGAGCAGUGGGACGCUUAUGUUGAUGCCGUAGAAAAAGUGGCUGACCGUCUUCUCGGUCCAUUCAACAUAGCGAUGGUAGUAGAACCGAUCGAUAUAAAAAUAUCCGAAGCCAUCAUGAGCUUCCAGGAACGUAACCAGGAGAUCUCGCAGAAAAUCUUCUCUGGUUGCGGGAAACCGGAAUUGGGUGGGGGCACAAGCACGGGCCCGUUCUUCGCACCCGACAGAAGUCGACGUUUCGCCAGAUCUGUCAUACCAGACUUCGACUGGAACCAUAAAUCGAAUGACGUCGAUGAUUUUGAAAUCGAGGCAUCGUUCGAGAGUCUCGUAAAAGACGACCCAUCUCUUAUAAGCCUUCGGAGUCCCGAGGGUAUACGAAAAGCGACGGAGGAAAUGGUCGAGCAGUCCAAAUCGAGAGAACGUUUCCUCCAGUAUAUGAAAGGACAGAUCCAGCUAGAGGAGUACGAGGAAAAUGAGAGAAAAAAAAGGGACGCUGAUCCGGACCCAGCGCCCGGCAGUUCUGAGAUCGACUUCAAGUCGUACGAAUUCGACGGUAAGCGAGGAUCGAAGAAGAAAAAGCCAACGUCCACUAAGGGUGAAGAUGGUCACGUCCUUGCUACGUUUGUCCCAUAUCCUUGUUUGGGUGUUCUGCACUCAGGUGCGGAGUCAGGUCCAGCACUGGAGAGGCUGGUCCGCGAGACCAGGGCCCGAGUCCGCGCCUCUCGCCGCUACUGGCUGCACCUGCCCGCCGUGCUGUGCGCCAGCGGCAGCGUCACCAGCACGCCCUGCUACAACGGCUCGCACGUCGCCAGCUAUACGUCGAUAGCGGCAGGCGAUGGUAGUGCAGCGCUGGCCUCCAACCCUGAAGUACGAGGAGCCUCCCCACCAGGACCCCCUCCCCCCGCUGAGUCCCUGAAAGCGUUUACCGCCAGACUAAAGGAUGCUUACAACGGAGUCGAAGUGCAGUGGAAGGAUUCUGCUGAGGACCUCCAGUCUGCAGCGGCCUCAGCCUCUGAGUUUGUGGACGGCGGCUCGGGCUCUGGCUCCGGAGACGACACCGAUGACACUGAAGACGAUGACAUCGUUGGCACUGACUACCCCGAAGGUUCCGGAGACAGCAGACCAGAACCGGACCUACCGGAACCGGAUGUGGGCAACCGACAACCCGACAUAGUACCGAGCAUAGUCGACGUCCCCGGCACGAAAAACGUUCAAUUACCGGCUCAGAAGGAAGAAGUACCCGCCACUCGUAUCGACGUCCCCGACCGAGACUUCGCCCCGCCAAGAAACUUGCCGGUUCCGGAAGAACCGUCCGGUCCCGCGGAGUCUCCGGUCGAUGUGCCGUCCGGAUCGGAUCAGGCCAGAGAGCAGCCGGUUGCCGGAUCCGCGGACCGGCCGUCUCUAAGUACGGCGCUCUUCACGUACGCGCUGCCUGUUGUAUGCGCGUGGUUUGGAACUAUCGUCACCGAUAUCUUCUAAAUGAGCGGCUGACGUCACGCGUCUACUUAAAACCGGUUCCUAUAUACACAAA